GACACAGAGGUGUAUGUGGUUUUAUACAUAUUGUUUCAGGUCUGCAGGUGAAGGUGACUCCUGCUGCAGAGGGACAGAAGACACUGACCUGUAUCACCACCUGUACUCUGACUGACAACCCCACCUACAUCUGGUACAAGAACGGACAACAUCUAGAUGAGAGCACCUCCCCCCAGUACAAAGACUCAGUCUCCAGCAACUAUGAAGACAGUUACUCCUGUGCUGUAAAAGGCCAUGAGGAUCUCCACUCUCCUGCAAUGUGUGUUCAGGGUCAGAGAUGCAACAGAGUGACUUACACCAAGAGGAGAAUCUGUGUCUUGAAGGGGUCAACAGUGGACAUAUCCUGUACUUAUGUUGGUUAUUAUUACACCACAUCAUCAUUCUGGUUUAGAAGUGAUAAGUCGACCCCUGAAGACCUAACCACAGACCCAGGGUAUGCAGGUCGUGUGGAGUACACUGGAACAUACAGAGGUCCCUUCACCCUGAGAAUCACAGAUCUGAGAGAGGAGGACUCAGCUGAGUAUCGCUUCACUUUUAAAACACACAACUUUGAAUGGGGUCAUAGUUUCCCAGGAACAACUCUGUCUGUCACAGGUCUGCAGGUGAAGGUGACUCCUGCUGCAGAGGGACAGAAGACACUGACCUGUAUCACCACCUGUACUCUGACUGACAACCCCACCUACAUCUGGUACAAGAACGGACAACGUCUUGAUGAGCCCACUUCCCUGCAAUACUCUGUCAAUAGUUAUUAUUCAGACAGCUACUCCUGUGCUGUAAAAGGCAAUGAGGAUCUCCACUCUCCUGCAGUUUGUGUUCAGGGUCAGAGCUGCAACAGAGUGACUUUCACCAAGAGGAGAAUCUGUGUCUUGAAGGGGUCAACAGUGGACAUAUCCUGUACUUAUGUUGGUUAUUAUUCCACCACAUCAUCAUUCUGGUUUAGAAGUGAUAAGUCGACCCCUGAAGACCUAACCAGAGACCCAGGGGAUGCAGGUCGUGUGAAGUACCCUGACAAAGAGAGAUGGAGAUACGAAGGUCCCUCCACCCUGAGAAUCUCAGAUCUGAGAGAGGACGACUCAGCUGAGUAUCGCUUCACUUUUAAAACUCACAGCUUUGAAUGGGGUCAUAGUUUCCCAGGAACAACUCUGUCUGUCACAGGUCUGCAGGUGAAGGUGACUCCUGCUGCAGAGGGACAGAAGACACUGACCUGUAUCACCACCUGUACUCUGACUGACAACCCCACCUACAUCUGGUACAAGAACGGACAACGUCUAGAUGAGAGCACCUCCCCCCAGUACAAAGACUCAGUCUCCAGCAACUAUGAAGACAGUUACUCCUGUGCUGUAAAAGGCCAUGAGGAUCUCCACUCUCCUGCAAUGUGUGUUCAGGGUCAGAGAUGCUACAGAGUGACUUACACCAAGAGGAGAAUCUGUGUCUUGAAGGGGUCAACAGUGGACAUAUCCUGUACUUAUGUUGGUUAUUAUUACACCACAUCAUCAUUCUGGUUUAGAAGUGAUAAGUCGACCCCUGAAGACCUAACCACUGACCCAGGGUAUGCAGGUCGUGUGGAGUACACUGGAACAUACAGAGGUCCCUUCACCCUGAGAAUCACAGAUCUGAGAGAGGAGGACUCAGCUGAGUAUCGCUUCACUUUUAAAACACACAACUUUGACUGGGGUCAUAGUUUCCCAGGAACAACUCUGUCUGUCACAGGUCUGCAGGUGAAGGUGACUCCUGCUGCAGAGGGACAGAAGACACUGACCUGUAUCACCACCUGUACUCUGACUGACAACCCCACCUACAUCUGGUACAAGAACGGACAACGUCUUGAUGAGCCCACUUCCCUGCAAUACUCUGUCAAUAGUUAUUAUUCAGACAGCUACUCCUGUGCUGUAAAAGGCAAUGAGGAUCUCCACUCUCCUGCAGUUUGUAUUCAGGGUCAGAGAUGCAACAGUGUGACUUACACCAAGAGGAGAAUCUGUGUCUUGAAGGGGUCAACAGUGGACAUAUCCUGUACUUAUGUUGGUUAUUAUUCCAUGACAUCAUCAUUCUGGUUUAGAAGUGAUAAGUCGACCCCUGAAGACCUAACCAGAGACCCAGGGUAUGCAGGUCGUGUGGAGUACACUGGAACAUACAGAGGUCCCGUCACCCUGAGAAUCUCAGAUCUGAGAGAGGAGGACUCAGCUGAGUAUCGCUUCACUUUUAAAACACACAACUUUGAAUGGGGUCAUAGUUUCCCAGGAACAACUCUGUCUGUCACAGGUCUGCAGGUGAAGGUGACUCCUGCUGCAGAGGGACAGAAGACACUGACCUGUAUCACCACCUGUACUCUGACUGACAACCCCACCUACAUCUGGUACAAGAACGGACAACGUGUAGAUGAGCCCACUUCCCAACAAUACUCUAGUAAUACCCUAGUAGUGUUGGGUCAUUCUGUGGACAGUUACUCCUGUGCUGUAGAACACCAUGAGGACCUCCACUCUCCUGCAGUGUAUGCUCCAAGGAACACCUCAGUGUCAGUCAGUCCCUCUGGUGAAAUAGUGGAGGGCAGUUCAGUGACUCUGACCUGCAGCAGUGAUGCCAACCCACCUGUGGACAAAUACACCUGGUACAAGAAGAACGUAACCUCACCAAAAGCAUCAGGACAGAGUUACAGCAUCACUAACAUCAUCUCUGAGGACAGAGGAGAAUAUUACUGUGAGGCUGAGAAUAAAUAUGGACGACUCAACUCUUCUUCUGUGUUUGUGGACGUUCAGUAUACUACAGCAUUGUUUCUCUGGGUUCCUGUGGUGGGGGUGGGGGCUGCCCUGACUGUUGGAGCUCUUCUACUCACCAUCUACUGCUAUAUGAAGAGGAGACACACAGGAGGAAGUGAUGACACAGCAGACAGACAGAGUGUCCAUCCUGACCCCAACAGUGACAUGUACACAUCUCUGAACAUGAAGACCAGGUCACCAGAGUAUGACACCCUGGCAAAUGUGAGAUACUUGGCAGUGACAAAGCCCUCAGAUACAUGCUGAGCCCUCCAAUUACUAGAACUUAAGAGAACCACCACAGAACCUGGACAGAAGAGAACCACCACAGAACCUGGACUGAAGAGAACCACCACAGAACCUGGACUGAAGAGAAUCACCAAAGAUUCUGGACUGAAGAGAACCACCACAGAACCUGGACUGAAGAGAACCACCACAGAACCUGGACUGAAGAGAAUCACCAAAGAUUUUGGACUGAAGAGAACCACCACAGAACCUGGACUGAAGAGAACCACCACAGAACCUGGACUGAAGAGCAACAGCAUCAAACCAAAGCUCGGCCUCACAAUGUUAUUCUCUUACUAUGAUAUUGCUUUUUAAUCUAGAAGGUUUGAGACAAUGAGCUUUAACUUUUGAGUAAGUGCUGGAAUUUAGAUUGUUCUCCUAAUGAUAAAUACAGUAUGUGUACUAACGUUCAAAAGUUUGGGGUCACUUAAAAUGUCCUUGUUUUUGAAAGAAAAGCAAAAAAAUGUGUCCAUUAAAAUAGCAUCUAAUUGAUCAGAAAUGCAGUGUAGACAUUGUUAAUGUUGUAAAUUACUAUUCUAACUGGAAAAUGCAGAUGUUUUAUGGAAUAUCUACAAAGGCGUACAGAAGCCAAUUAUCAGCAACCAUCACUCCUCUGUUUCAAUGGCACGUUGUGUUAUCCAAGUUUAUCAUUUUAAAAGGCAAAUUAAUCAUUAGAAAACCAUAUUGUAAUUAUGUUAACACAGCUGAAUACUGUUGUGCUCGCUGAUUAAAGAAGCAAUGAAACUGGACUUCUUUAGAUGAGUUGAGUAUCUGGAGCAUCAGCAUUUGUGGGUUCAUUUACAGGUUCAACAUGUCAACUUAUCUGUUUACUAUCUGUAGAUUGUAUUGCUUAUCUUUUUUAUGGGAUUUUGCCAAUUCCAGAUUUUUAUAAUAUAUAAAGUUAUGUCUUGUCUUAGUGACACAAAAAGGAAUAAUAUUGACAAGAGCUUUUCAAUGUUUGUAUCUCUGGAGUUGUUCCUGAUGUGUUAAAAUAUGUUUUACUUUGUAUUGCUGUCAGUCAUUACUGGUCAUUCUCUAUUUUAUAUUAUGUAAUACUAUAUUGUUCAGUGUCAUGAUAUAAGCAUAAGCAUCAUGUUGUAAAUAAGCUCAAAGGUAGACAAUAAAUAGACAACAAAUACA